AGAAUUUUCCUAUAAAAAGGCAUUGAAGAUUGCCGUUAAAGCACAUUUCGGCGAUCAACAAACCGAAAGCAACAUGAAAACCAUUCUCAUUCUACUGGCCCUUGUUGGAAUUGCUGUGGUAUCAAACAGCAAAGCAUCUAAGAAAGAAAUAAAGAAAGAUGUUUCAUUUGAUAAUGGCGAAGAAAAGUUUGUCGAUGGUGUAAGGGGUAAAGAAAAUGAGAAGGACGAACACAAUAUUAAACAGGAGUCAAAUCGAAUCAGUAGCAUGAUGGGAACUGUUACAAAUGUGAUAUCAGGAGGAAUGCCAACUUCAGGAGCUAUGCCAACUUCAGGAGCUGUCAGUCUUUCCGGAUUAUUGUUUGAUGUAGUGAAGGACUUGGAUAUUAGAAAAUUUUUAAAUUGUACCUAUCUCAAGCUUCGAGCUGAUAUAGACGGAUGCUAUAAAAAUCUUACAGUUCUUGGUAUCACCAUUAGUGACGUAGACUAUUCUGUAGAUCACGCCUUAGGUGACAAACUUCGUCUCGAAGACAGAUGCGAUGAGUGUAGUUCUUAUUCUGACGAUUUGCAAUCUCAAAUGUCACAGAUGAAUCAGCUCUGCCCUCUUCUCAAUAAUGUUACAAAUUUUUUGGGAUGUGUGGUGACAGAGCUAUCAAAGUACGAUUGCAUCGAUUACAUUGGCCGAUGUAUUAGGGUACUUCUGAAUAACACCGGUACAUAUCUUUACAAUUUGACUAAUUCUAACGAUUACACAUGUGAAAAUUUAUUAAACGAUACUUUAAAAAAUCUUAAGAGCGUUAUAACUUUAUAGUAAGUAGUCUAAAUGCUUGAGGAGAAAGCAGAAACGCGUUCUGUCUAGUAGCAUAAUAAAUGCAAACAUAAUCAACAAAUGCUAAAAAGAAUAUUCUGAUAAUUAAUUAAUACAAAAUAUUAAAUAUCUAAUCUAAUUUUAAAUCGAUUUCCUCAUUGUUAUAUAAUUAAACAAUGUAAGAUUAAUUUAAGGGAUUUAA